AUGGACGCUCUCAAAAAGAAGAGACCAUGGCGAGAUUGGCAAGGGACUUGGCAACCGCAACGAGAACAGAUCAUGGCCAGACUUCGGAAACUGGGUAUCGAUACUAGUACUUGGAACACGAAGAAGGGUCAAGUGGAGGUGAUUUGUAUUUCGGAUGAUAGUGAUGGUGAUCAGGAAGGAGGAGGACAAGGAAGAGAGCCAGGUGAUAUCGGUACCAGAGUCACAGUGGAUGGAACCACAGAUUAUCGAAACCAAGAUGAGCUCACCAGGGUGAAGACUGAACAUGAUUACCAAGACAAACAAGGUGAUGCCUCGACGAUGCCAUCCGAUCCCCUACACAACAUCAGCUCAAGUCUCCGAUCAGUCGGACUAACCCCAGAUUCUGCCUCGAACACUUCCACCGGCAUUCAACGUCCACAACCGGUCUCACCAGAUUCAGGUAUCGCUAGAAUGACCAUCGAUAUGAUCUCAUCCGCUCAUCCAUCCGCUCGGUCGACUGCAGGAGCUGAAAGUGAAGUCGAGGUUAAACCCGAGAUUGUGAGUGAAUAUGGAGGUGGACAAGAAAGGGAAGAUGACCUUGCCGAUCUUGAUGAGGGGGAGGAAUUCUCGGGAGUAGGCGUAGACAUCACAUGA